AUGCAGGGCUGGCGGUGGCUGCCUCUGCUGCUCGGCGCCUUCUCGGCGCAAGCAACGUAUACGGGCGACGGCACGGCGUACUCGAGCGACUGGGUCGGCGGCAACUGCGGGUUUACGUCGCUUUGGGGAUCCAGCAAGAGCGCUGGCCAGACGUACUUUGCCGCCAUCAAUGCGCCGCAGUGGGACGAUGCGAUGAACUGCGGCCGGUGCGCGCGCGUCACGUGCACCAGCGCCGCGUGCACCGGGUCGUCCGUCGUCGUGCUCAUCACCAACCAGUGCCCCGAGUGUCUCCAUGGCUCGCUGGAUUUUUCAAACCAAGCCUUUGCAGCGCUCACGGGACUCGACCCGACACGCGUCUCGAUCGCGUGGGACUUUGUGCCUUGUUCCAACGACUUUGUCUCGGGCCCGAUCGAGUAUUUUGUCGACGCAGGGUCCAACAAGUUUUGGGUCGGACUGCAACCGCGCAACUUUGGUAUGCCAGUCGCAUCGUUUGAAAUCCGAACGGCCAACGACGACACGUGGCACCUCUUGGCGCCGCCGUCGGCCAGCAGCAUCACGACGUUCCUCUUUAUUGGCGAGUUUGCGUCCGCGUUUCCGCCGGGUCCCUUUGACGUGCGCGUGACGUCGACGGAUGGACAAGUUGUCCUCGAUACACUUCCGGGUCUCGCCAUCGGUCAGACCCUCGUAGGCACCAACCAGUUUGCUGGUACCUCGGGUAGUAGCCCAAAUACAUUGCCCCCGGCGCCAGCACCGUCCGCUGCCCCAACGCCGACCUCAACACCAAUGCUAACAUCACCACCAAAGACACCACCACCAACGACGACGACGACCACUUCGACCCCCUGCUCAAGCCCCUCCGCGACGAGUUCACCGACGUUGACGACGACACCCGUGGCCUCGACGCCACCAAUGACGCAACCUCCCGCCACGACACUUGAAGAAACGUGCGCCGAUGCCACAUAUGCCUGGUCGGUCUGGCCCGGUGGGUUUGCUCUCUACGUCUACCUCACGGCGCAAAGCUCGGGUGACGCAGGCCCGUGGCGCAUUGACGUCCGCGCAGCUCACGUGGCGUCCAUUUCGGAUACGUGGAAUUGCAUGGCGAGCGCCGAGAACGCGUCGACAGGGACGUGGACGCUGACGUCGGAAGCGUUCAACACGGCAUUGCCGUCGGGCGCCAACAGCAUCGGCGUCCGCGGCACGUCGGUCAACACAACGGCCAACGCCUCGGUCGUCGACGUAUCGCUUUCGAUCGGAGCACAGUCAACCUGUGUGGUGCCUGUGUUGGCCGUCUCGCAGCCCGUUCUCACAUCGCCUGUCGCAUCGCCCGUCGCAUCUCAAGCAUCGCCGAUAGCUUCGCAGGCAUCGACGACGACCUUGACGGCCGACACCCGCGCCAUGACGUACAACAGCCCGGCGGUUGUGUUUGGGUUUGUCGUCGCUGGGGCAGCGACCGUGGUAGCCAUCGGUGUCCUAGCGUACACGCGGCGCCUCGCCCGCCGCGAGCACGACGAGAAGCUCAGUGCGCUUCUCACGCCGACGCACUUUUCGCUCGCUACGCCCAUCACGGUCGCCACGCUGUAG